AUGUCUGGACUGAAGCCCAUCAAGGUUUGGAUCCACGGCCAGGGCCCCAACCCGCGCAAGGUCCUCAUCACCCUCGAGGAGCUCGCCAUCCCCUACGAGUCCAUCACCAUCGAGAACCCCAAGGAGGCGUCCUUUCUCAAGAUCAACCCCAACGGGCGCCUGCCGGCCAUCCAGGACCCCAACAACGACGACCUCAUCCUGUGGGAGUCGGGCGCCAUCGUCGAGUACAUUGUCGAGAGCUACGACAAGGAGCACAAGCUCACGUUCACGACUAACCCGGAGAAGUGGCUGCUGAAGCAGUACCUGCACUUCCAGAUGUCCGGCCAGGGCCCUUACUUUGGCCAGGCGGUCUGGUUCCGCAAGUUCCACCCCGAGGAUGUGGCGAGCGCGAAGAAGCGCUACGAUGAGCAGACGGUAAGGGUGUUUGAGGUGCUGAACACGAUCCUUGAGGGCAAGCAGUACCUCGUUGGCGAGAAGUUCACGUACGCCGACCUGUGCUUCAUCCCCUGGGACUUUGUCGUCCAGGGCUUCCUCACCGAUGUGUGGGCCGACCACGAGGUCGACAAGAAGUACCCCAACUUUGUCGCGUGGCACAAGCGCAUCACGGAGCGCGAGUCGGUCAAGAAGGUGUACAGCGCUUAG